AUGCUCUCCUCCGGAAACAUCGUCAUCCCGCCCCUUCUGGCCGUUCUGCCACUGCCCUACCCGUUCGUCCUGCACCCUUCUCUCCUACUCAGCAUUCCCUUGUCGUACGCCCAUGCGCUCAGCCUGCUCAAGGCUGCUCUUCACACGGCUGCAUCAGAUGGAGGAAAACUCGUAGAUGUGAACAUUAACAACAGCAACCGUCCGAUUAUCGUCGCCUGUCUCCCAAGCCUGCGCGCUCCAGCCGGCUCGUCUGCAAACCCAGUGCCUCCGAGCCAGCAAGACUCCGUCGUCCCACACUCUUCGAACCCCUCCAAUGGAGCUGCAAAUGGAGCGUCGAUCAUCACAACUCACGAGCUAGCAGAGUGGGGUUGCGCAGCUCGCCUUCUCCGCUUGACCCGCCACCCGGCCAGCCAGACAUGCACGCUCCUCGUUACUGGCCUUGCUCGCAUCCGCGUGGACCGCUUCCUUUCCUCUCGAGUCACGGUAACGAUCGCGGGAAGUAGCAGUGGCCGCUUGCCAAGCGGCACUGCUGAUCCUCGCGCAAAUGAAAUCGAGGGGGACAAAAGGUCCGGCAAUGACACUGUUUCGCAAGAUGUCGCUGUCCCCCUCGCCGCUGUUACCGUCUUUGUCGAUGGGGUGGACCGGUUCACAUCGGAGCUCUCCCUGACGGGGCGCAAGCUGCCGCUUGGGGAAGAGAAAGAUGAUGCUGAGAUGAUCCGAGAUCUCCGAGGGGCAGCGAGCGACAUUCUCGACUCCUUCUCAUCGCUCCCCACUUUUGGGAGCAGCGGGCGCAAUGGCGAGAGCUCGCUGAGCAACACAAUCGUACCUCUAUCGCUUCUCUCGCCCAAUGGAAACAGCGCGCUGGGAUACCUUACCAGCAGCGGUGCAGGGGCAGGGAGCAUGCCUCUGCUGCCGCCCGUCAUGCUCAAGCGUCUGCGCUCGCUUGUCAAGGAGACGCCCAAUGCGGCAGCUGCCAUCUUGGCCGACGUCCUCGUCGGCACCCUCGGAGGCGCAUGUGAGUGGGCAGCCCGGCUGAAUCUGCUAAGCGAAUGGGAUGCGCGCGAUCGGGUCGUUGCCGCGACCAAAGCGCUGCGCGAUGGUGCGAACAGGAUCAUGCUCGCCAAGGAGCUUAUCUCAGCCCUCGCCGCGCCGCUCAACCAGGGAAGCAAAGAGACGCUCAUCCGUCUGCAGCUCGAGAGCCUCCUCACAAGCUUGGCUGCCAUUAACCCAAACGUCAGCGCACGUAUAACCACGCCCAGCGGAGGAUUCAGCAUCAGUGGGGGCAACACCGCAGCUGGUUCCAAGGAUACGGAGGGCAACAGCCCCAGGCGCAAUGGCAUCAUCACCAUUCGCUCGGGCUCGGGAGGUAAGGGAAACAAUAGCGAUGCUGCCAAAAUCAUCAAUUCGAUCCGCAACAGCGGCAACCCAUUCCGCCUUGGCAGCAGUGGCAAUAGCAACAACCCCUUCGGUGGCGGUGGCGGAGCAGCCAAUGGUGGCGGCAGUGCCGACAGCACAGGCGCGGGAAACGAUAGUGGCGAGACGGAUGAAAUAACAGAGCUGGCAGCCAAGCUCGAGAAGGCGAUGCUGUCGCCCGAGGCUCGUAAGGUAUGCGAUAAGGAGCUCAAGCGUCUCUCGCGCAUUCCGCAGCAGAGCGUCGAGCGCGGCGUCCUCAUCACAUAUCUGGAGCUUAUGGCCGAGCUACCGUGGGGCAAGACGAGCGUCGACCUGAGCGAGCAGGAGCAACUGAAGCUGCUCAAGCGUGGCGCGCACGUCGACGAGAAGCUUGAAGAGUCGCAUCGGGCGCAGGACGAAGGAAUCGUCGAGCGUGCGCGUCGGAUCCUGGAUGAGGAUCACUAUGGCCUGGAGAAGAUCAAGAAACGCCUGGUCGAGUAUCUCGCCGUGCUGGAGCUCAAAACCAUCCAAGCAGAGGAGAAGCUGGACGCGGAGAUCCACGUGGAAGUGGCACAACCGGCUGGGGCGAAAAUGGAGAUCGCUGGUCCUGGCAGCAACACCAACAGAGGCCCCGCUGGAGCUAGCGCCUUCGACCUUGGCUCGGACCCAAAGGAGACGCUCGGCGGCUCGAUCAGCUUCGAAGGAGAAGAAGACGACACAAAUACCUCAGCUGUCGGAUCGGUCUCUGCGUCUGAUCCGCGCGCCCUUGAUCGCUCCAAGGAGUACGCGCGAGGUGAAGGCGUUCCGCACAUCGAAGGUCUUUCCGAGGAGGAGAAGCAGCGCAAUCUCGAUCGAGAGGUUGUGCACCGGCAGAAAAAGAAGGUCAGCGUUGCUGACAAGGGCCCGAUUCUGCUGCUUGUUGGGCCACCAGGGACGGGCAAAACGUCAAUCGCGAAAUCGCUCGCGACUGCGCUGCGACGACCUUUCACCCGCCUCUCGCUCGGUGGAGUCCGCGACGAAGCCGAGAUCCGCGGCCACCGACGCACCUAUGUUGGCGCCAUGCCUGGUUCCAUCGCUUCUGCGCUGCGCAAAGUCGGCGUCAGCGAUCCUGUCAUUUUGCUGGACGAAGUGGACAAGCUGGGCAGCGGCAAUGGCUUACACGGCGACCCAAUGGCUGCCAUGCUUGAGGUUCUCGAUCCUGAGCAGAACUUCAGUUUCAAUGAUCAUUAUGUAAACUGUCCGAUUGAUCUUAGCAAGGUGCUCUUCAUUGCUACUGCGAACUCCCUGGACACGAUCUCUCCUCCCCUGCUCGACCGUACCGAGGUGAUCCAAGUUUCAGGGUACACGCACGAUGAAAAGGUCGCCAUUGCUCGCCAAUAUCUCCUGCCCAAGCAGAUCAAAGCACAAGGGCUCAAGCCUGAGGACUUGAAUGUCUCCGACGACGUCCUUCUUAAGGUUGCCAUGAGCUACACACGCGAAGCAGGUGUACGCACACUCGAGCGGCAGAUCAGUGCCAUUGCGCGCGCCAAGGCGGUCGAGUACGCAGAAGUCAAGAAGGGCGCGAAUGACAAAGGCGGCAAGCCAAAGGUGUACGAUCCGGUUGUGCGGCUCGAUCAGCUCGAGGCGUUGUUGGGCGUAGAGACGUACGAGCCCGAGGUGGCUGAGCUGCAGUCUCGUCCAGGCGUCGCCACUGGCCUUGCCUACCAGGGUUCUGGCAGCGGUGGCAUCCUGCACAUCGAGAGCGUCUUGCUGCCUCCGGGAAAUGGCAACCUUAAGCUCACCGGCUCACUUGGCGACGUCAUUCGGGAAUCAGCCGAGCUCGCGCUUUCUUGGAUCAAGGCGCACGCUUUCCAAUUGGGCAUCACGACUUCGCGCGAUUCGGAAUUCCCGAAGAAUGACAUUCACCUGCACCUUCCAUCCGGUGCCAUUCCCAAGGACGGCCCGAGCGCUGGUGUUGCAAUGACAUGCGCUCUGGUUAGCUUGUUCUCUCGCACGCCGAUCAGCCCCAAGCUCGCCAUGACUGGAGAGAUUACAUUGCGCGGCCAAGUUACACCCGUUGGAGGCAUCAAGGAGAAGUGCCUGGGAGCACAUCGCGCGGGCAUCACGAAGGUUCUUCUACCAGCUCGCAACCGGAAGGACAUCGAAGCCGAUUUGCCUGCAAACGUCAAAGCAGAGCUGGAGGUCGUGUACAUCAAGACUAUCUGGCAGGCACUUGAAGCGGCCUUCGGCAUGGCGCUUUUUGAGCAUGCCACUGGCAGUCACGAAGGCGUCGAGGAGGGACGGAAGAUGAUGUUCGAGCUGGAGGAUAGCAGACUGUGA